AUGGAGGUCAUCGACCUCGAGCCUAAGGGUGUCCUUGCAGCACUAGAAAGCGCGUUCCUGGCAUCUAGCAAUGGAGACUACACGCUAGUGGAGACUGCAGCCAACGACAUCAAUGUUACCUCCAUGUGGAGGUUGAAGAACGGGCAGCAGGUAGCCAAGGUUAGCGUUCCCAGGGAUGCAAAACCAACAGAGGUUAGCAGAGUUCGGAUAGGAUGGACGAGCUUCAGGCUUAGAAUUUGCCAUCCUGAAGCCACCAGGUGUUUCAAGUACCACUGUUUCGGUCACUCCCAGGGGAGCUGA